AUGUCGUCCUCCAUGUCAUGGCCUAGGAUUCUGCCAGAUGGAGAAAGCAAGAAGAUCAGCGAGGCUGGACUGAGCUAUUAUCACAAGAUGCACUGCUGGCUACUGAUAUUCGACCAUAGUGGCGACGUUUCCCCAGCCUCGUAUCAGACUGUGUGGGACAAAUUCAGUUCCCAGUCGGCAGCUGAGCGGGACACAUUCCUGAACGAUGUUUUUCCUGGAGGGUUUCAAUGGGCUGUUUCCAGUGAGUCUUUCAAAGUAGAGGGUGGCUGGUCUGAAGACGGGAAGGGUGAGACUAUCUGGGAUCACUUCGGUCAUGAAGGUCAUGCCUUUAACAACCAGACUGCUGAUCUGGCCUGUGACAGCUACUACAAGGUGGACUAUGAUGCAUACCUGCUUAGGGGUAUACUAGCCAAAACCUAUCAGUUCUCUAUCUCUUGGGCCCGCAUUUUCCCCAAUGGUCGUAAAGAGAGCUUUCAAGAGAAGGGGGCUCAGUAUUAUGACAAGCUGAUUGACACCCUCAUUCAGUCUGGUGUUGAGCCUGUUGCCACCCUGUAUCACUGGGAUCUGCCUCAAGCCCUGCAAGAUCUUGGAGGUUGGACCAGUGACACUAUUGUGGAGGCUUUCAAAGACUUCGCUGACUUCUGCUUCUCCAGAUAUGGCUCAAGAGUCAAGACCUGGAACACCUUCAGCAGUCCCUGGGUAGUCAGCAAUUAUGGAUAUGGCACAGGGCAGCACCCUCCCAGCAUCAAAGACCCUGUGGUUGCUUCUUUUCAAGUGACUCACAACAUACUGAAAUCUCAUGCAGAGGCCUGGCAUAUUUAUAAUGAUAAAUACCGAAAGCAGCAGGGUGGGAGAGUGGGCAUUGCUCUCAACUCAGACUGGGCAGAGCCACGGGUCCCCGCAAAUCAACAAGACGUAGUGGCAGCAGAGCGUUAUCUUCAGUUCAUGCUGGGCUGGUUUGCUCACCCAAUAUUUGUUGAUGGAGAUUACCCUGCAAUUCUAAAGAGUCAGAUCGAUCUUAAGAAACAACAGUGCUCACCAUCAGAAGUUGCCAGACUCCCUGUCUUCACAGAUGCUGAGAAAACGCGAAUCCAAGGAACAGCUGAUUUCUUCGGUUUAAACCACUACACCUCCCGUCUGGUCAGCCACAGUACAGGCGGCUGUGUCCCUGGACCACACAGUGUGGGAGACUUUCAAUCCCACGCAGACAGCAGCUGGAACACCACAGUUUCCGAUGAUGUCAGAUAUGUACCCUGGGGGCUUCGCCGUCUUCUGAACUAUAUUGCUACAGAGUACACAUCUGCCAGAAAACUGCCCAUCUUCAUCACUGGAAAUGGGAUGCCCACAGAGUACGGAGGUGAUGUGCUGCAUGAUAACCAGCGUGUAGAGUUCCUCAGAGGCUACAUCAAUGAAGCUCUGAAAGCUAUACGUCUGGAUGGUCUUGAUGUGCAGAGGUUUACAGUGCAAUCAUUAAUGGAUGGAUUUGAGGGUCCACAAGGCUAUAACCAUAGAUUUGGUUUGCACUAUGUGGACUUUGAAGACCUCAACAGACCCAGAACCCCAAAGAGGUCAGCAUAUGCCUACUCUGAGAUCACUGAAGACAACGGUUUCCCAGUAGUCAAAGCAAGCAAAAAAAUUCACGUCUCAGAGCAACAAAGCAAGAAGAGCCCUGCUCUGCCCCCAUCUGAGGUUCCCUCUACAUCCAAAGUGGUCUGGGAGAAGUUCUCACACCAGUCCCAUUUUCAGAGAAGAAUGUACCACUAUGGGACCUUCCAAAAUGGAUUCCAGUGGGGCAUUUCCUCCUCAGCAUACCAGAUUGAAGGUGGCUGGAACGCAGAUGGGAAGGGACAAAGUAUCUGGGACACCUUUACUCAUGGCCCAAAUACCAUUCCUGAAGUUGCUAAUGGUGAUGUAGCAUGUGAUAGUUACAAUAAAAUAGAUGAAGAUCUCUACAUGCUAAGAGCCAUGAAAGUAAAGAGUUACAGGUUCUCCCUAUCCUGGUCCAGGAUUUUCCCCAAUGGCUUAAGGGCUUCCCUUAACCAGAAAGGGGUUGACUAUUACAACAGGCUCAUUAAUGGCCUCCUAGCAUACAAUAUCACACCCAUGGUGACACUCUACCACUGGGACCUCCCUCAGGCACUACAGGAUGCAGGAGGUUGGGACAGUGUCAGCAUGAUUGACAUCUUCAGUGACUAUUGUGAUUUCUGUUUUGCAACCUUUGGAGACAGAGUCAAGUUCUGGAUAACAUUCAAUCAGCCCCACACCAUUGCAUGGUCAGGUUAUGGAAUAGGACAAUUUCCUCCCAAUGUCAAGAGCCCAGGAGAUGCUCCAUACAGGGUAGCACACAACCUUCUAAAAGCUCAUGCCAAGGCUUAUCACACCUAUGAUGAGAAAUACAGGACAUCUCAAGGUGGACUAGUAUCAAUCAGUCUCAACGCUGACUGGGUUGAGCCCAAAAAUGUUGAUGACCCUCGAGAUGUGGUUGCUGCUGACCGUGCAAUGCAGUUCCAGCUUGGCUGGUUUGCACAUCCCAUAUUCAAAAAUGGUGACUAUCCAGAUGCCAUGAAGUGGCAAGUGGGCACUAAGAGUGAACUUCAGGGUCUUUCACAGACUAGGCUACCUUCUUUUACUGAUGAGGAGAAAGCCUACAUACAAGGCACAGCUGAUGUGUUUUGCAUAAACGCUUACACAACCAAAAAAGUGUAUCAUGCAAACACUGCUAUCCAACCGCCGUCUUACGAGACUGAUCAAGAUAUUGGGAUAGAGGAUCCAGACGAGUGGUACGGUACAGCGAUCCUAGAACUUAAGGCUGUACCAUAUGGAAUGAGGAGACUCCUAAACUGGAUCAAAGAAGAGUAUGGUGACCCUGAGAUUUACGUCACAGAGAAUGGGAUGGCCUCAGACUUUUUAAUCACCAUUGAUGACACAGACAGAAAUUUCUUCUUUAAGAUGUAUAUUGAUGAGGUUCUAAAAGCACAUAACCUGGAUGGAGUGAAUGUUAAGGGUUACACAGCGUCGUCCCUCAUGGACUCUUUUGAAUGGCUAAAUGGUUACAUUAAGAGCUUUGGCCUCCACCAUGUGGACUUCAAACACCCAAGCCGUCCAAGGACUCCAAAACGCUCUGCACAUGAGUACUACCACAUUAUGAUGGACAACGGUUUUCCUGAGACAGAGGUCGAAAAGAUACUGUAUGGACAUUUCCCUGAAGGGUUUAAAUGGAGUACUGCAACAGCAUCUUAUCAGACUGAGGGGGCCUGGAGAGCAGACGGGAAAGGACUGAGUAUCUGGGAUCAGUAUUCACACACUCCUGGAAGGAUCGCGAAUCAUGACACAGGAGAUAUUGCCUGCAACAGCUACGUUAAAUUUCCCAGAGAUGUGGAAAUGCUCCAGAGUCUGAAACUGAAGAAUUAUCGCUUCUCAAUAUCAUGGCCCAGGAUCCUCCCUGAUGGAACUCUGGAAUCAUUUAACCAAGCUGGAAUUGAUUUUUAUAACCGUCUGGUGGAUCAACUUCUAGCCGCAAAUAUCCAACCACAGGUUACUCUGUACCACUGGGACUUACCUCAGGCACUGCAAGAUGUCGGUGGCUGGGAAAAUGACACAAUUAUUGACAGGUUCAGGGACUAUGCUAACGUCAUGUUCCAUUACCUUGGAGACAAAGUAAAGUUCUGGAUCACCUUUAAUGAGCCUUACAUUAUGACAAUCUUAGGAUAUAAUCAUGGAGAUCAUGCUCCAGGUGUCAAAGACCAUACUGGCACCGUUACCUACAACGUGGGCCACAACAUAUUGAGAGCCCAUGCCGAAGCCUGGCAUCUCUACAAUGACACCUAUCGCGCCAAGCAGGGUGGCAUCAUCUCUAUCACACUCAACUCUGACUGGGCAUUUCCUCGCAGUCCCUACAAACAGGAGGAUGUGUAUGCAGCCUGGAGGUAUUUACAGUUUUUUACAGGGUGGUUUGCUCACCCUAUCUUCAAAGGAGAUUACCCUGAAGUGAUGAAGACUGUAAUUAAGGAAAGAAGCCUGGCUGUGGGACUUCCAAAGUCUCGGCUCCCUGAAUUUACCCCAGCUGAAAUACAGAGGAUCAAAGGUACACAUGACUACUUUGGAUUAAACCACUACACCUCUGUCCUGGUCUUCAUGGUGAACCACAGUAUUGAUUACCAGGCCUACUAUGGAGACAAGGGCACAGCUGUCGUCUCUGACUGGUCGUGGUUGGGAUCUGGUUCAUCCUGGUUGAAAGUGGUGCCACAUGGGCUUAGAAAUCUCCUGAAAUUCAUUAAAGAUGAGUACGGAAACCCCCCAAUUUAUGUAACAGAGAACGGCAUUUCAGAGCAUGGUCCAGUGGACUUAAAUGACAUCCACAGACGUCACUUCUAUGAAAACUACAUUAAUCAAGCCAUGAAAGCGGUCUUGAUUGAUGGAGUGGACCUUCGGGGAUACACGGCAUGGUCUCUCAUGGACAACUUUGAGUGGGCUAUGGGUUAUCAAGAAAGAUUUGGCUUCUUCUACGUGAACCGCUCAGAUCCAUCACUCCCCCGCACUCCCAAGGAAUCAACCAAGUUUUACAUGUCCGUUGUGAAUUGCAACGGCUUCCCAGACCCUGCCCAGGGCCCCCAUGAAUGUCUCCUAACUGACCCUGAAGAAACAACUCCUGCUCCAAAUCCAGAUGACCUGGAAGUGAAUUUCCUGGGUUUGGAAAUAUCUCCAUCAGAAGCUGAGACUGGCCUCUACGUUCUUUUCGCUUUCCUCCUUGUCGUGGUACUUGGAGCUGCCAUCAUGACCUUCCUGUGUUACAAGGCCAAAAAAAAUAAUGAUGGGCAUAAUGAGAGGCUCAGCAAACAUCUAGAGACAAUCGGGACGUCCGGCUUCAAACUCAACCACCAGAUCUCAUGGCAUUACAUCAGCACCAUCCAGGAACCAGAGAGGAAGCCUGUGACAGAACAGGUCAAAACAGAGACGCAGAAGUAG